AUGUGGCGCAUUCUCGGCUACCCAUCCGCGGACCAGGCGGACAAGACUCCACCACCCGGUGCUCUGCCGGCAUCGUGGUACCGCUCGAGUGCCAUGUAUGAGCUUGAACGUCGUGCCAUAUUUUCCAAGAAAUGGAUAUUAUUGACACAUUCCAUCAGAAUCAGCCAGCCUGGCGACUAUUUGUCCUUCACCUAUGCUGGCUUCUCCUUUUUCCUUAUUCGGGAUAAAGACCAACAGAUUCGCGCCCAUCACAACAUUUGCCGCCAUCGGGCAUAUCCCAUUGUUCAUCAGCAAUCUGGCAAUGCCAAGAUUCUCAGCUGCAAGUACCACGGGUGGUCGUAUGGUUUGAAAGGCAACCUGGCAAAGGCACCGAGAUACGAGUCGGUAAAGGCAUUUGACAAGACUCAGCAUAGUCUGUUCCCGAUUCAUGUUCACGUGGAUAAGGUUGGCUUUGUUUGGGUGAAUCUACAAUCAGGUGAACCGGACGUAGCAUGGAGCGAUGAGUUUAGCGGCUCGGAUGAAAAGCCAAUUCUUCGUGAAUUCGACUUUGAUGCCGAGUUCAAGUUUGACCACCAAUGGGACAUGGACGUCAAGGCCAACUGGAAGUCACUCAUUGAUAACUACAAUGAGUGCUACCACUGCCAAACGUCGCAUCCGCUGAUUGCGGGUGUAUCCGACUUGACAAAGUACAAGGUCGAGCCCAACAUGGGUUGCCUCGAGCAUACCAUUGUCAACAAGAACAUGGACGACAACAGUUUCCGGCGGAGCAUCACAUUCUUCCCGCCCUGCACAUCUGUUACCGUGACUGAACACUUUUUCUACAUUCAACGAAUGAUACCCGUCUCCGAAACAGAAAGCAGGAUAGAGAACGAGGUUUACCGCCACAAGGAUGCCAGUGACGAAAAGUUCAAGGCACUCUGCGACUUCUAUACCCAAGUCUUGGAGGAGGACAAGGAGUUGUGUGAAGGAGCGCAAAGGAACCUGAGCGGAGGAGUGUACGUGACAGGCGAGCUGCACCCAGAAAAGGAGAAGGGACCGCUUCACUUUCAAAGUUUGGUCAGGAGGGAUGUCAUGGAACACCGACAAAAGGAGGAAAAGGCAGGGCACGAGAUAUGGCCGGCUGCACAGAAGGUAUCUGCUGAGAUGAAGACAACGAAGCUGAUGGAAGAAGAAUCAUUCUGUUCGAAGCUGGAGGCUGAGGCUUGCCAAGCUAGUGCGCAAUUAGCUUGGUGA